AUGGCACAAGCAACAAAGACAGUCGCUUUCUUCGGCGCCACAGGUGGCACUGCACUCGCAGCUCUCGAGCUGUCCCUCCGAGCAGGCUACCAGUGCUCUGCCAUCGUCCGCUCAGCCGAGAAACUCAAAGAAAUGCUCUCAAAUGAUACUCCAACAGCCAAUCUCCGCAUCGUUCAAGGAGACGCUCUGCAACCGGAACCUGUUCGCGAAGUCCUUGUUGACCCCUCCACAGGAACAGUUGUGGACACUAUCAUAUAUGGUCUUGGCGGGCGCCCCACUAGCCUCAACCCUCUCACCGCAAAAUUCCUUUUCCCACAUAUCUGCGAAGAUACCACAAAGGUUAUCUUAUCAGUCCUUGAAUCUUUCCGGCCCGCGACAUCACCACUCAUCUGUUCCGUAUCAACGACUGGUGUGAGCGGAUCGAACGAUGUUCCAUUCUUCUAUGGUCCUUUCUACCACUGGAUGCUCAAGACCCCCCAUGACGACAAGGGUAAAAUGGAAGAGUUGGUUAAAGGUGGUGGCACAAACGGCACAUUCCGAGACUGGAUCCUUAUUCGCCCAACAUUACUUUCAGACGGGGAAGCAACACAUGGACAAAUCAAAGCCGGAUAUGAAGGAAUGGAAAAAACCAAAGAUUUUGGAGGACAAUUAAGCCUCGCUAAUGGUGGAAGCGGUUGGAGGAGCGUGAAUGGUAAUGCUAUCGGGUAUAUGAUUUCACGAAAGGACGUCGGCGCGUUCAUAUUUGAAGAGGUGGUUGUUAACGGCGGCAGCAGGUUUAGCCGGAAAACGGUUACCUUGAGCCACUGGUAA